UGGAAAACAAGACCACAUGAUCUGAACGAACAGCAGACGCUAUCCACGGCCGCAUGUUUUUCAAUAUCGUGGUUUCAAAUUGCUAAUCAAUUUGUCGCGUGAAACAGCUGCUGAUAGCUUAUAAUGAAGCUCCCUAAGGGACAAAUACGAGUUGUUACGCCGGCGACAUGACCCCAAUACCGCACGCUAAUCGGUUUUUGGUGACCUGUGUGCACGUCUUUUCGCUGCUUGCUUUUGGAUGUAAAGAAGGAAGUCGUGACCAAAUGAAGCAAUGAACCUUUGGGACACCAUCUGUGCAGCGAAGGAUGGGACCCUGGUCAUCUGGGAAGGGAACCAUCUGAGCCGCUGCUUCCUAGACCUCCUCGCAAGCGGUGUACAUGCCCUAGUUGCAGUGAUCAGCGUUUACUACGCCGGUGCCCGCCAGAUUGCUCUCCGCCGUGAGCACCAGCUCGUUCACUUGCUGCCGUCAACAUGGCGGACUCACCUGCGCAAGUUGUGCUGCUCCAUUCUCCUGCUGCGCCCUGUCAUUCACCUCAUAAUGUCCCAGCUCAUUCUUGGCCAGUUCAUGGCGCCAUCUACGAUGCUGCACAUCAGUGCUGUCAUCUUGGCCUGGACGGUCCACUUCUUCUACUUGCAGACUCUCACGAACCCACUGCCGCGACAUCGUCGGUUUGUCGGUGAGGUACCCGUAAUCUUUGCCGUGACUACAUCUGGACUGUGCGCAACAUUUCGUGUGUCUGCGCUGCUCUCGCUGAGUGAGCCUGAGCGUGGCUCUGAGCUUUCAUUUCAAGCUGACUUGUAUGCGAAUGUCGCAAGUGCACUCGCCUGUGCCUUCUACCUCACAGCUGCUGUGCACUGCUCCAGCACUGCCGUCGAGACACCACCUCGGACACCAGGCCGCGAGUCACCAUCGUCUGUACAUAGCUAUGUUCGUCUCUUGGAAGCAGACGAUGAUGCCCGACAGCUUGGAACAGCAGAGGACACCAACAUUUUCUCGCUUCUCACUUUUUGGUGGGUCGGACGGUUGAUGCGCCGUGGAUACAGGGGCCACAUUCAAGAACCCGAUGACCUGCAUGACCUCCCAGUCAGCCUGAGGCCAGGAGAGGUCAUUCGAGGACUUUACCGGAAGGUAGACACCUCGGGCUCACUGCCAAGUCUUCUUGUGCUGUUCCACCGUUGUGUCGGCCAACAGUACUAUGCCAUUGGAGUUCUUAAGUUCCUUGCUGACGUCCUGUCAUUUGCGAGCCCCGUCUUACUAAACAGGCUUGUCAUGUUCCUCGAGGAAGGACCAGGCCAGGGACCAGCAUGGUCCGGCUAUGCCUACGCAUCGGGUCUUGCUCUUGCCUGUCUCUUGGGUGCAUUCAUGUCAGCUCACUACAGUUACCUGGUGUCACGAGUGGGACUCAAGGCAAGGGCGAUUGUUGUGGCACUUGUCUACCAAAAGACACUGCGCGCCGAUGCGACAGAGCUGCGGAAGAGUUCAUCGGAAGCGCUGAAUUUGGUGACCACUGAUGCCGAUCGAAUCGUCAAUCUCUUCGGAAGCUUUCAUGAGGCGUGGAGCUUGCCACUUCAGGUAGCAGUGACUAUGUUCUUGCUGUGGCAGCAAAUAGGCCUGGCCUUUCUCGCUGGUGUCGUGGUGGCCGUUUCGCUGGUCCCUGUGAAUCGGUCCAUCGCGCUCAAUAUUGGACGACUGAGCACUGGCAUGAUGGCAUUCAAAGAUGAGCGUAUAAAGCUCAUGUCGGAGGUGCUAUGGGGCAUGCGGAUGAUCAAGAUGCACGCAUGGGAAGCCCUUUUUCAGGAACGGGUAGAGAGCAUCCGGAAGAAGGAGGUGGUGUUCCUUCGGCAGCGGAAGUACUUGGACGCCCUGUGCGUCUUCUUCUGGGUCGUGACGCCCGUGCUCAUGUCAGUCCUGUCCUUCGUCACCUACGUGCUCCUAGGGCACCGGCUUACCGCUGCAAAGGUGUUCACAUGCCUUGCUCUCUUCAACCUGCUCAAAGUGCCCCUCAACGCCUUCCCCUGGGUCAUCAACGGUUGCAUGGAGGCAUGGGUGUCACUGAAGCGCACCCAGUGCUUCCUCAACCUCCAAGAUUUUGCUCCCGCAAGCUACUAUACCACCUCGAAAGAUGAUGACCAACUCGUGCGAAUCACUAAUGGUGUCUUCCACUGGGAUGGCUUGACGGGCGAUGCCACUCUGCCAGUGGCCAUCAGCGGAGCCCAAGGUCGCAACUUCAUCCUAGGACCUGUCAACGUGACACUGCGGAAGGGUCAACUGGUGGGCGUGGUGGGUCGGGUAGGCAGCGGCAAGAGCACGCUACUUGCGGCCAUCGCGGGCGACAUCUGCCGGGUCCAGGGGACGGUGACGCUCCAGAGGCUGGACAUGGCCUUGGGUCUAGUGCCCCAGCAGCCGUGGCUCCAGCGCGGCACCCUUCGUGCCAACGUGCUCUUCGGGCGGCCGUUUGAUGCGACCCGCUAUCAGGCAACUCUCGAAUGCUGCGCCCUUCUCGACGACCUAAAGUCACUGCCCGCUGGUGACUUGACGGAAGUGGGCGAGGAAGGUCAGACACUCAGCGGCGGCCAGAAGCGGCGAGUCGCUCUGGCUCGAGCCUUGUACCAGGACUGCGACGUGUACCUGCUGGACGACCCACUCUCUGCACUGGAUGCUCACGUGGCCCAGCAAGUCUUUGAACGCUGCAUUGUCGGUGCCAUGCAAGGAAAGGCCCGGCUGCUCUGCACCCACCAAGUGGGCUUCCUUGCGCAGGCUGACCAUGUGAUUGUGCUGAGGGAUGGCAAGGUUGUCGCAGAAGGUCCACCGUCCACAGUACUUAAGUCAUCCGUCAUCGAGGCACUGCCAGAGCUGGCAGCAUCCGAAGAACCGUCUUUGUCCAAGACAUCAUCGUCAUCAUCAGCAGCGAAGUCCAGCCACAAGACCAGCUCAGCCAUGCUCCAAGAAUCCGGCAGAAUGCUUGUCGAAGACGAGGAACGCGAGUUCGGGGCGGUGCGUCUGAGCACAGUGCGCUCUUACUGGGACGCGGUUGGCACCUGGCUUGCUGCUACAGUCCUGCUGUCUCUCAUUCUUAUGCAAGUGUCCCGAACCUCCACCGACUGGUGGCUUGCUGUGUGGGUCUCGUGGGCCAACACCACUAGCAAUCUGCAAAAUCAUCGCCUCAUCAGAGAUACAAACAGUGAUGUCAUGAAUGUGUUCCUGCCUAUCUACGGUGGCCUGGCCGUGGCCAAUGGUUUGCUUACCUUGGCUCGGGCUUUUUCGUUUGCCUACGGUGGUGUCGUGGCUGCCGUCAAAGUCCACGACUUGCUCCUGGACAAGGUGCUCAAAGCACCCCUGUCGUUCCUGGAAGCCACGCCUGUGGGCCGGGUGCUAAACCGCUUCUCGACUGACGUCUGGUCGAUCGACGACACGCUGCCGUUCAUGUUGAACAUAGUGCUCGCACAGAGCGUGGCUCUGGCAGGCACAUUGGUGGUUACCUCCUACGGCCUGCCCUGGGUGCUUCUCUUGCUCAUACCCCUGGCGUUUGCAUACAACUCUCUGCAGCAAUACUACCGUUGGACAUCACGAGAGCUGAGACGUCUGGGCAGCAUCACGCUGUCGCCUGUGUAUUCGCACUUCACCGAGACGUUUGCUGGUCUCUCAGUCAUCCGCAGUUUCAAGGCAGUGUCCAGGUUCUGCCAGGAGAACUUGCACAAGCUAGCAGUCAAUCAGCAGGCAGUGUUUGCGUCACAGGCGGCAUCUCAGUGGCUUAACCUGCGACUGCAGCUCAUGGGUGUCCUGCUCACUUCAGGCGUCGCCUUCCUGGCCGUGGUGCAACACCAGGUCCGAGGGGUCAGUGCAGGUUUUGUGGGCCUUGCGCUGUCCUACGCGCUCUCGAUCACCUCCCUGUUGAGCAGCCUGGUGACGUCGUUCACGGACACUGAGAAAGAAAUGGUUAGCAUGGAGCGAGCUGACCAGUACAUCAAGGGACUCGAGGAAGAGAGGCUGGACGGUGGCAUCCUGCCUCCCUUUGGAUGGCCAUUCUGCGGUGCAGUCAAGUUCAGCAAGGUGACACUUCGCUACCGUCCUGGACUACCUGCUGCGCUCAGCGGCAUCAGCUUUGAGGCGGCGAAGGGCUCCAAGGUGGGCAUAGUGGGCCGCACAGGCGCCGGCAAGUCCAGCCUGCUCCAGGCUUUGUUUCGGCUUACCCCCGUCGAGAGUGGGCAAAUCUACAUAGACGGCGUCGAUGUUCUUCGCAUGCAUCCCAAGGAAGUCAGGUCUCGGCUAGCGGCCAUCCCGCAGGACCCGUUCGUGUUCUCUGGCUCGGUGCGAGACAAUGUGGACCCACGGGGGCUGCAUUCAGAUGCCCAGAUUUGGCAGGCCCUGGACAGGUGCCAGUUGGGACGUACCAUCCGGUCGCUCUGCAACAGCAGCGCUGGAGCAGGCACAGGCCUGGAAGCAAGCCUGGGGCCGCGCGGUUCUUUACUGAGCACUGGACAGCGUCAGCUUCUAGCCCUGGCUAGGGCCCUUCUGUACAAGGCACGGGUCCUUUGCCUCGACGAGGCAACUGCGGGCAUAGACGCCGAGACCGAUUGUGCAAUUCAGGAAACAAUUCGAAGCACAUUCCAAGACACCACCAUGCUUGUGAUAGCCCACAGGGUGGAAACUGUUCUAGACUGUGAUCAAGUCCUAGUCAUGUCUCACGGCAAGGUCAUCGAGUCCGGCAUUCCGCAGAAGCUUCUCCGUAUUGGUAAUGGACACUUCCGCGCACUCGUUGAAGCCUCUCGCAAGAAUGGAGGCACUGUACUAAUUGAGACAGCGGAAGCAGACGACGACGAUGUUCCAUUAAUAGGGUUUUCCGAUCCAUAGCGUCCUUCGCAAUGUAACUCAUGUAGUGGCACAGCUUUAUUUAAACAACAAUGCUUCCUCAAGGAUGCGUUACGUGCAACUUAGUUAGGAUGGGGACAACAGGAUAGAAAGCACAUGACACUCUCUGUUGACUAAUUUAGUUAAACAUUUAUUGAGCAUGUUAAAAUGUAUUGUAGCAGAGUGGACAGUAUGCUUAACUUUUAUAGGGAACAGCAAACUCAUAGUCAAAGUAUUCAAAGUGCUACAGUUUAUCAGUUUCGUUGAAAAGAAGUGACUGAUAAAACAUUUUUGAAGGUA